CAAUCCCAAAAGCUUCAAGCCCUUAACGAUGGCUACCAGUGAAUCGCUACAAGUAGGGGGUCACCCUGAUAUCGUUCAGAGCCAUCCCAGCGAUGAAACCAAAAUCAUGAAGCGAGCCUGUCCUCGUGAGGUCGAAUUCUAUGAAGAUCUCGUUCAUCAGUUGGAUGCAGUUCACUCUCCGAGCAUCUGGUCAGGUUGGAGGCCCGUAUUCUACGGUCGACAGCCGCCCGAAAAGGAAUCAUCAACGGACGAAGUAUUUAUCGUACUCGAAAACUUGGUUCCUAUCUGCACCAACCCCACCUUGCGAACCGGGUUCACACACCCCAAUGUCCUCGAUAUCAAGCUAGGCAAACAACUAUAUGACAACGACGCCUCCGAAGAGAAAAAAGAACGGAUGACUCGAACUGCAGCUGAGACCACUUCGGCUCGCUUUGGGAUCCGUUUGACCGGAGGAAAGGUGUGGAACAACGAUACCAGGGCAUAUGAAACAUUACCAAAGACGUUUGGGAAGUCGCUCGAUCCACAGGGCUCAGACCUCAAAGCGGGAUUUUCCCGUUUCUUUCCCAUUGCGCUACCAGAUGGAGAAACAUUACAAGGGAACCAAUACUCCUCUCGAUUGACUGUGAGCCCUGGAGGUAUUCCAGCAAUAUUGAUGGCAAGACUUUUGGAGGACGUGCUACUACCACGUUUCAAUCGAUUGUCCAAUCAUGUAUCGAGAUUCGAGUGGCAGGUAUACGGUUCGAGCUUGCUAGUGGUUUAUGAAGGUGACAGCGAGGCUCUUUCCCGUGCUUUCGAAGGUGAUAACAUCACCGAAGACCGGUUCUUGGGAAUUGUAAAAUUGAUAGAUUUUGCGCAUGCUUGGAAAGCUCAACAGCCAGACGCAGGAUUACUCGAUGCGUUUGAUACGUUAUCAAAUUUGUUGCGAGGAAUGAUCAAAGACCUUUCACAAUUGGCGAAUGAAUGAUAAUAUCCUGCAGAGCGUGAUUGUGGGCUUUGUUAUAAAUUGGAUUGUUCGACAAUAUAUGUUUCUUUGUCUCGAGUCUUGUGGAUACACACAAUUGUAGGAUUAUACAUACACAUUUUCUUGGUGAAACUCUUUUUUGAUU